CCUGAAGCGUGCCGUUGUGGGACUUCAAACCCAUCAUGGCCCUGUCUUCGACACCAAGAUCAAUACCAGUCUAGAAACCCGCCCAUCUCCAUGACAGCUAUGACAGGGGAGAAGAAGGCGUCUGGUGAGUCCGCCCUUGUUUCAAUAUGUUGGUGCCUACUGUAGAAAAUUGAUGGGGAGGGUUGAAACUGUUAGACCUCUUGCUAGAUUGAGAGAGAGUGCUCCGGCGAUACAUGUUUCCGUCUUCAAUCACAUCCUUGUAGUGUUCUGUCGUGGAUGCCAACGCAGGACUUGGCACCUUCGAAAUGUACUGAUACCAUUAGACCUAUCUGCCCGACUGAAGCGUCCUGGGAAGAUCGCCUCCCGAAGCUCGAAAUCCCCCUCUCAGUCCACCAUCAGUGCCCCCCCGAAGGCUGCCGUAGCAGAUGGCAAAUCGAAGAGGGAAGACUUACAUCGUCGAAAGAACCCUUUCAAUGAAAUGCUGCUUCAAAAAUCCGCAAAGGAAGCUGGCAAUACCAGUCCCUCGACUCCGGAUGAACGCGAAGAUCGACAUACUAGGAGCUCCUCCAUCGCAAGCAUAAAGAGCAUACAGGAUGCAAAGACUGCAGAUCGGAUAGCGGAGCUGGAGAGGGCAUUGGCCGUAGCGAGGGAAGAGCAAAAAGCGCUACGAGAAGAAUUGGAGAAAGCACGGAAGCAUGGGACGGUUUAUAGAGAUGCUAGAGAUGACUACCGGAAGCAGCUUCAUGGGCCAUAUAAUCGCAGUUCCCGAUCUGCGUCCCCCAUGACCGAUUCGACCCAAACGGAAUACGAAGAAGAUAUCAGCCCCCGUCGCUCCUGGUCUCAGCAGCGUGAGGAGCUCAUCGAGCAGAAUUACGAGCUCCGUGGAAAGCUAGCAGACCUACAAGAGCAAUUGGUCGAGCAAGACACGGCAUUUAGAACGAAGCUGGACCAAGAGAUGCAUAAAGGAGAAAGGGAGUGGAACGAACUUACGGGGAGACUUCAUCAGUCGGAGAAGGAGUCCCAGGAGCGAUUGCAACAGCUACUGGAUCUAAAGCAUAAUAUAUCAACCUUAACCCGCAUGGAUAGCCAGGUUACCGAUUUUGAGCUUGCAGAGAAGGUUGAUCAGCUUUUCCAUCGAACACGAGAGUGGGUCAUCAGCAACUUUCGGAGGACAAAGCCAGAUUUCAACAAUGUGCCACGAGAGACCGCUAGAGCUCUUGAGUUGAUUAGCGUCCAUUACAACAAAAUUGGCCUCACUAAUCGGCUCGCUUUCUACCAAGCGAUGAUCUCAAGUAACUUAAUGCAUCUCUUCCGCGAGCCAAUAUGUAUUGGCCUUCCGGAAACUGGUCCUUUAGCACCAAUCCGUCAAUUAGCAACUUCUAUGCACGACACCGGCUCUGAAUACCGUGAAUGGCGCAGAACAACGAUCCGAGCACUUGAGAAGAGUCCUGCCAGGCAACAACUACAACAAGAAAAAGAAAGACUGUUACACAACAUAUCUUCUCAAAUCCAGCAUCAGCUCUUCUCCGUCACAUCCACCAACCUGACGCCACAGGCACAAUUAUCACUGCUCGGUAUCUUGAAUGCAGCAGCAGAUCUGCAGCAUGUAUUACUACUGCAGAAGGCUCAGUAUAAGGUGCAUUUCUUCCGAGAUCAAGAGUGCGGUCGAGUCUCCUUUGAUGAGUCUAGGAUGGACUCGAUAAACGACAACGACAUGGAUGAUGACUUCAUAGAUCGGAAAUUCUGCUUCUGCGUCUUUCCGUUGCUAGAAAAGUUUGGGGAUGAAGCUGGUGAAAAUGUAGACGUGAGAAAUGUCCUUCUGAAGGCAAGGGUUUGUUGUGGUGUUGGUUAAUUACAGCUUCUUACCAUACCUCAGAAUAUAAACAGGGUAGAUUUAACCCUUCAAGCCUCUUGCUCGAGUAUGGGAGAACAUUGCAAGGAUGCCGAUAUCUGUCAUAAAUUCCUAGUCGUGGUUGUCCUGGUUGUCCUUAUUGUAAGGUUGGUUAUGUA